GGGUUUAAGCGAGGCGGGAUUUCUUCUCCCUCGAGGCGCUUGAUUCCACGGCGAUGCAGUUCUUGGCGGAUUUUGCCGUGGAUUUCGAUCAAUGUCGGAAUCUCCGGCUCGGCGGCGAGGAUUUGGUAUCAAGGAUGCGGCUUGGUUGGAGGGAUUUGUCCUUCGGCUACUGGAAAGAUCAUACACACGCUUCGCAUGACGACUUCCACCGCCAGUGAUAAGCUUUCUUUCGAUGGGAUUGUUGGGUUUUUUGUGGAGGCUGGUGUGGUCCAGCUUCGUCUUCAGGUGUGGAAGACAAAGCUCGCUGCAUUGGGAGGAAAGAUAGAAGAUCACGUAACAAAACAGCUGACUCAUGUCUUUGCUGUUUCUUCGCAGCACUUGGACCAGAGCAAAGAUUGGAAGAGAUUGAAACGGCUGAAACGGCUUAAAGUGUCAUUUUUGAAAUACGACUGGCUGGAAGACUGUCUCAAGGCAGGGCAAAGGUUACCUGCAGAGUCUUACAAUUUGUUUCAGGAUUAUCAUGGUGCCUCAGCUGAAGAAUCCGCUGGCACUGGAACUGAUUGCACCGCGACUGACGAGAGUGCUACUGAAUCCUUAAACUCAGACACUGAUGCUGCCAUCAGUGAUACUAAACGUGAAGAAUGGAGGUCUGCACUCGUAUUCCCAAAGGAACCUGAUGAUUCCACGGGGCAAAAUGAGAUUUAUGCUCCUCCAAACCUCAACCAAAAUAUUACAGGCCCUUUUGGAGAACUCCGGGACAUAUACAAAAACGGUCUUGGAGACAACAGAAGAUCUUAUAGCUAUCACAAGGCGAUAUCCUAUCUGGAAAAGCUACCAUAUCAAGUUACGAGUGUAGAUCAAGUGAAGAAUGCUCCAUCAAUCGGAAAGUCGCUACAGAAUCACAUCCAGGAAAUUCUAUCCACUGGGAAACUUUCAAAACUGGAGCAUUUUAGAGACGAUGAAAAGGUGAAAACUGUUUCUCUUUUCGGUUCAGUGUGGGGGAUUGGGCCAUCGAACGCUUUGAAAUAUUACGAGAAAGGUCAUCGUUCCCUGGAGGACUUAAGGCAUGACGAGUCACUUACACGUACCCAACGGCUUGGGCUGCAAUAUUUCGAGGAUAUCAACGCAAAAAUUCCACGCAGCGAGGCGAACUACGUGGAAAAUCUGGUGCAAGAAAUUGCUAGUGCUAUUCAACCCGGGAUAUCCGUUGUUUGUGGAGGUUCUUAUAGACGUGGGAAGUCGCUGGUAGGGGAUAUGGACAUGAUUGUCACUCACUCGGAUGGCACAAGUCACAAGGGAUUUCUGAGGCGCUUAGUCCAACGACUGAAAGACAUUGAUUUUCUCACCGAAGACUUGCUGAUUGGUUACCACGAGGAACUGAACGAUGACGCUGUGGAUACUUACUUUGGGUUAUGCAAGUAUCCGGGAAGAGAGCAGCGGCAUCGUAUUGAUUUUAAGGUGUACUCUUGGGAGCAAUAUCCAUUUGGUCUCAUUGCUUGGACUGGCAACGAUGUUCUAAACAGAAGGCUGCGAAUUCUAGCAAAUGAAAAAGGAUACAAACUAGAUGAUACUGGCUUGUAUAGAACAAUUUUGUAUGAGAAGCACAAGCGUCACAAGGUUGAUAGCAAAGGUGCUCGAGUCAUCUGCAAGAACGAGAAAGAAGUCUUUGAGUUCGUAGGUCAUCCUUGGUUGGAGCCCAACGAGAGGAACCUUUGAAAAAUCUUCCAGAGGACCGGCGACUUGAAGCGAGCCAGAGAAGUCUUUGAUUCCAUCAAAGACAAUGCCAGAGACUCUUUCUCGUGGGAGACUCUCCUCUACGCCUACUGCCGCAACAAAAA